AUCUUCCUUUUCGCUCUCCACGCUUACGAUGGCAAGAUUUGAACAGAUGCCCUUUUUAAACAUCAAAACUAUGUAUCUGGGCAGACGUUCCGCCGUUCCCCUAAGCAAGCUAAAACUGAAUAUCCCACCUUGUCGACGACCAGCAACCCAUUGCGUUGAAAGUGAAACCCGUCAAAGUCGCAGACACUAUCUAGAUGAUAGUUCCGCUCUGCCGAUCUCCGGGAGGCCAUAUGAAUAUUCAUUCGUAAUUCUAAGGUCAAAAGGAACUUGGGAGCCCAACGAAAUGGUGCCUGUUCCAAAUUCUCAGCUUUGGAAUUCGCAAUACUCAAUUGUGCGAAAAUGACUACCAUUGGAAUCUCGCGUAGUAGGAGACAGAACCGGAUUAUACACACAGACACAGUUUCACGCUCACACUGAGAAUGUCUGUGAGGUCUAGACAGAGAGAACCCAGUCAACAUGUGUUCUCUGAUCAAUACACAUCUUUCACUAAUGCAUCAAUACAGCACUGGCAAGUCA